AAUUGUGGAUUUCUUUGUACACACAUGGCAACCUUCACUUACCACACUGAAACCGUUCAAUCAUGGUUGCCACUUAGUAGACUUCACAUGAUUUUGCACUUAGUGGCUGUCGUGAUGUUGUUUUACUACCGCAUAAGCCAUAUAAUAUAUGACAAUAAAUUGCGAACGUUGCCAUGGGUUCUGAUGAGCGUAGCAGAGUUGAUUCUGGCAAUGAUGUGGGUUUUCAAUCAGUCGUUCCGGUGGAGACCGGUUUCUCGUUCCGCGAUGACUGAGAAGUUACCGAGUGAUGAGAAGCUUCCGGGGGUUGACAUAUUCGUGUGCACUCUAGACCCUGAAAAGGAACCCACAGUGGAAGUAAUGGACACUCUUAUUUCAGCCACUACCAUGGAUUACCCUUCCAACAAGCUUGCAGUGUAUAUUUCGGACGAUGGAGCGUGUCCUGUGACGCUGUAUGGAGUGAAAGAGGCUUAUGAAUUUGCGAAGGAGUGGGUACCAUUCUGCAGAAAGUAUGGAAUCAUGUCGCGGUGCCCCAAAGUGUUCUUCUCCCCAAUGGGUGAAGAGGAACACCUUCUUCGCUCAGAUGAGUUCAGAGCAGAGCAAGAGCAUCUCAAGGCUAGAUACGAAAAAAUGCAGAAAAAUAUUGAGAAAUUUGGUUCAGACCCUAAAAAUUGUUCUAUUGUGUCUGACAGGGCAACUCGCAUUGAGAUAAUAAAUGAGCAGGGAGACUUGCCACUGAUUGUUUAUGUGUCUCGUGAAAGAAGACCGUCCGUUCCUCAUAGAUACAAAGGAGGAGCCCUUAAUACGUUGCUUAGAGUCUCAGGGCUAAUCAGCAAUGGCCCCUAUGUACUUGUCAUGGAUUGUGAUAUGUAUUCCAAUGACCCAUCCUCAGCCAAACAAGCUAUGUGCUUCUUUCUUGAUCCUGAAACCUCUAAAGAAGUUGCCUUUGUUCAAUUCCCUCAAAUGUUUCACAACCUUAGCAAGAAAGAUAUUUAUGAUAGCCAAACUAGGACUGCUUUUAAGACAAUGUGGCAAGGAAUGGAUGGCCUUAGAGGCCCAGGUCUUUCUGGUACUGGAAAUUACUUAAGUAGAAGUGCAUUACUCUUUGGAAGCCCUAACCAAAAAGAUGACUAUCUACUCGAUGCCCAAAACAACUUUGGGAAAUCUACAAUGUACGUUGAUACACUGAAGGCCAUUCGUGGACAACCAAAUUCCACAAGGAAUGUUUCAAAAGAUGUGAGUUUGCAAGAAGCCCAAGUAGUGGCCUCUUGUUCCUAUGAAAAAAACACAAACUGGGGAAAAGAGGUAGGAUUCUCAUAUGCUAUAUUACUGGAGAGUACAGUUACUGGGUAUUUUCUGCACUGCAGAGGAUGGAGAUCAACCUAUCUUUACCCAAGAAGACCAUGUUUCUUGGGGUGUGCCCCCACAGACAUAAAAGAGGGCAUGAUUCAAUUAACGAAGUGGUUGUCUGAACUUUGCUUGCUUUGCUUCUCCGAAUACAGCCCUUUUACUUAUGGAUUUUCAAGAAUGCCCAUAGUUCACUGCUUGACUUAUUGCUUCUUUACCACGUCAACCCUCUAUGCUGUUGCCUUCAUCCUUUAUGGCAUUGUGCCUCAAGUAUGCUUCCUCAAAGGAAUUCCUGUCUUUCCAAAGGUCACAGAAUCCUGGUUUGCAGUGUUUGUAAUAUUGCAUGUCUCCACUCAGAUUCAACAUUUGAUUGAGGUCCUUUCUGGUGGUGGCACCUUGGGAAUAUGGUGGGAUGAACAGAGAAUUUGGAUUCUAAAAUCUGUUACUGGAUGUAUAUUUGCACUUCUAGAAGCAGCCAAGAAAAGGUUAGGAUUGAACAAAGCAAAAUUCACUUUAUCAAACAAAGCCAUUGACAAAGAGAACCUUAAGAAAUAUGAGCAGGGUAUGUUCAAUUUCGAAGGUGCAGCUAUGUUCAUGUCUCCAUUGGUUGUAUUGCUCAUAAUAAACAUUAUUUGCUUCUUUGGAGGUUUAUGGAGACUACUCAAUGUGAAAGAUUUUGAAACCAUGUGUGGUCAACUUUUCCUACUUAGCUAUAUAAUGGCUCUUAGUUUUCCCAUUCUUCAGGGGAUAGCAACUAUGAAAAGCAAAGGUCAGUAG